AUGAAUGUCCAUUUGCUGGAAACCAGCAUAGAUAUCUGGGAAAAAGACGUCGGAGACGGAGAAAUCAUCCCAUUGGAGCGAGCUGUUUAUCUCCUCAAAGAUAAAAAAGUCAACGACCACUGGGAAAGGCCUGAAAAUGCGUCGAUAGCCUCAAACGCUAUAGAAAACCUGUACAAUUAUUGAAAAAACAGAAGAACAAGCCUCGGAAGAUCUUUAUUAAGAAGGUUUUGGAACAGUGAGGGGGUGACUGAUGCGAACCUAAAGACUGUCUUCAAAUCUCGCAAUGAAAACCGAGAGAAAAUGCGUCUCAGGAAUUCCAAGAAAAAUGAUUCAGAGUGCUAUGAAAAAGUAAGGGUAAUGCAGAUGAAAAACCUCCAAAAGCAGCUGGAAACGCUAAAGCUGAUUUUCAAAGCAAUAAACGCAAGAGAAGUUCUGAAAAAGUACAUUAUUGAUGCAAGAAUUCUGGCAUUUGAGCAUGAAAGAGCUGAUAAGCUAGGAAAGCCCUCAGAAAUCCCUAAUAUCGUGCUGGAUGCAAAAGUCCUUGAAACUGCUAAAGAGCUAAGGUCAUCUUAUAAGUCUGUAGAGACAACAAUUAGCGCGCCCCCGCCAAUUGCCCCGCCAAAGCCAAUUCCUCAGCCAGUUGUGGAGCCAAUUAAAAGAGCUAGACCUGAACCUCAGAAGAAGAGCCAUUUGUCGUUCGAUGUGGCUCGUGCUUGCUGCUUGUUGAUUACUGAAGGGGAAAAGCUGAAUCUGUGGCCUUUGAUAAGCAAUAAAUCAGUAACUUCUUCAGAGAGCAAGCAAAUGCCACCUCAGCUGCACACAAAUCUUGAAAGGAAACUCAAGCUGAGAGGGAGAGUGGGGAGAGGUGGAAAGAAAAUUUACUUGGACAGGUACAGUUAUCAGAAAUAUGAUCAUGGGUGGGGAAGGUACUUACCCUACCAAUCAAGUGAAAUAAUUGGCCCUAAUUGUAAUUAAUUUAUAAAUUAUUAUUUUAAUUAAAAAAAUUUUUUUUGAUAUAAAAGUUAGGAAUAAAAGGAAUUUGGUAUAAUGCAGAAGGUGAAAUAUCAAAUGAAAACUAUGAAGAUGAAGAUAAUGAAGAUGUGAAUCGUUUACAUAAAACUCUGAUCCAAAACUUCAGAAACUUUAUGAAAAUGAAGAGAGCUCAGGUCGCUCAUUAA